GUGAAACCCCAGACCUGACGCCAGCUCUCGCUGUCCCUUCCCCUCCCACCGGUCCCCGGGGGCCGAGCGGAGCGUGGGGCUGUGGGCAGGCGGGCUGCCUCGCACGGCACAACGUCACCGCAGCCACCGCCGCAGCAGGGCCGCCUGCUCUGCGCAGCCCCUCUGCAUUGCCAGGGAUGCAGCCCUAGCACAGGCAGGGAGGACCAGGGACGGGGAGAAACCCGCUGUCUUUGGGGUCCCGGGAGGCUCCAGGGAAGGUGCGGGACCCCCCCUUGUGAGAUGUGCUCCCCCCGUGCCGCCUGCAUGCCCCGCACACUCCAUGGGUAGUGCCGGCCUGGCCGCUGCCCCGCACCGCCAUGGAUAGCCCGCCCAAGCUGACCGGCGAGACGCUCAUUGUCCAUCACAUCCCCCUGGUGCAUUGCCAGGUCCCCGACCGGCAGUGCUGCAGUGGGGGCAAGCGGACCAACCCCUUCUGCCCGCCGGAGCUGGGCAUCAUGCGGGCCACGGCCUUGCCGGACCGCGACCUCUCUCAGGCCGACUCCCUGGUCUACAGUAGCCUGCUCCAGGCCGCGGAGGUGCCGGCCGAGGCCACCGAGAGCCAGGAGGGCAAAGCCAGGGACCUCGCCGCCCCGAAGCGGCACAACCCUUUCCUCCUGUGCGACGGCGAUGACCGUGGCCUCUUUGGUGAUGACAGAGGCCAGAAAUCCUUCCACUUGCACAGCUCCCUGGUGAGCGGCAAGCCACCCUUCCACCUGCACGACACUGGGCCCAUCGUGAAGCCGUGGCACGCGGCCAGCCGCGCCGGCGUGGUGGACGGGCAGGAGGACAGGCUGGCGGGCGACACCGCCCCGAAGCGGCACAACGCCAACCGGUGCCGCAUGGCCUCCGAGCGCAUGGAGCUGGACGAGUGCCCCUGCCUGCGUGGGGGCCCCGCCGGCUUCUCCUUUGAUCUCGGCGAUGCUGAGUGGGGCCCCGGCGGCAUCGAGGAGCCGGCCAGGAACGCCGGCGCGCCGCGUAGCCAGAGCUGCAGCUGCUCCAGCACGGAGCUGCAGGCCUGCCGGUGCUACAGCACCUCGAGCCAGUCGGAGCUGGCGGACCAGCCGAUGGGCUAUGUCAGCGACUCGUCCUGCAACAGCUCGGACGGGGUGCUGGUCAACUUCAGCGCCCUGUAUCACAAAAUGAGCGGGCACUCACGCUCCAACCUCAACUCGGCCCCGCUGUCCUGCGACUCCUCCUUCUGCAGCCACUCGGACACGGGCGCCUUCUACCUGGACCUGCAGCCCUCGCCCACCGAAUCCAAGAUGUCCUGUGAGUCUCAUGGCCCCGACAGCGGGGGGAAGCCGUGCGGCUGCCGCCACGCUGCCUCCCCAGUGCUGGAUGCCAACUGCAACUCCUACCACCUACCCUGCGAGCCCUGCGCGGCUGACGGCUCCGACCUCACCUCCUGCUUCCAGAGCCAGGCCCGGCUCGUCGUGGCCACCCAGAACUACUACAAGCUGGUCACGUGCGACUUGUCUUCCCAGUCCUCGCCCAGCCCCGCCGGCUCAUCCAUCACCAGCUGCUCCGAGGACCACACCAAAGGCAGCCCGGCGCAGCCCACUGAGUACUACUUGUUCCGGAGGCCGGAGCUGAAGGCGGAGGAGGGAGGGAAGGGUGUGGCUGCAGGGGAGGUGGAGGGCAACGUGAUUGAGGGCCAGGUCUAUGUCAACGUGUCCCCCCCGAACCUCAACACCGGCCGGCAGCGCUCACGGAGCUACGACCGGAGCCUGGACCGGAGCCCCACGAGCCGGCUGGGCUCUCUGGAGCGCAUGCUGAGCUGCCCAGUUAAGCUGAGUGAGAGCCCCGCACUGGCUUUGCAGAGCUCCCCGCCGAAGCGCGUUACCUCCUUUGCCGAGCUGGCCAAGGGCCGAAAGAAGAACGGGGCUUCCCCGCCGCUUCGCACCAGCGGUGACUCCUCACUGGAGUUCUCCCCCAUCCCAGAGUCGCAGCGUGAUGGCCCGGCCUUCCCCGAGGACAGAGCCCGGCGCAGCCAGAGUCUUCCACCCUUGCCCUUCAUGCACGGGAUGCACCGCAGCUGCGAGGGCUAUCGCCUGGACCAUGCCUUUGAGGACGGCCUGGUGGCCGGUGCCGGCCAGGAUGCAAGCACCAGUGACAUGCUGCCCGGUGGCCAUGGGACAGGCGGUGGUGCGGACAGCAAGCCUGUGGUGCGCUACAGCAAGGACCAGCGCCCCACUACACUGCCCAUCCAGCCCUUCGUGUUCCAGCACCACUUCAGCAAGCCACCCAAGGCCCGUGCCCUGCACAGCCACUUCGCCUCCAGCCUGUCCCAGCUGUACAGCUACGCCGGCAGCCGGCCCGCCAGCCAGCACGCCUCCUCCGCCUCGCAGUCCUCUGCCUCGGCCACCUCGGCAGAGCCGCCUGUGUCUGUGCCCGCCAGGGCUCCCAGCCACACCGUGCCACUGAGCCACCGCUCGGCUGAUGGGGCCACGGGCCGCGGCGACAGGAAGUCCGCCCCAGAGACCACGCGCCCAUCACCGCUGGGCAGCUACUCCCCUGUGCAAAGCCACGUGCCUUUCUUCCAGAGCGCUGACUCUUCCUCUGGCUCGCCCGGCGCUGAGACCCACCCGCCCCGCAGCCGGUCCUGCCCGCUGUCCGCCAGCCUGCUGCCCACCCGGGCUUCCCCAGCAGCCGUGGCCCCGCCGCCCUGCCUGGCCGCACCACCUCAUGAGAGCCCCAAGCCGGUGCCCAAGGCAGAAGGGCCGCCGGAGCGCGGCACACCAGUGUCUGAGUACCACCUCCAUGGUGGGCCUGUGUUGGCUGGGGGCGCGCCUGGGGCCUCCACAGAGCCGUCCUGGAGGAAUGACAUCGAGGCCGGUGGCUCGGGGUCUCUGGGCAGCGUUGCGGGGCGGCCUCUUAACGCCAACCACCUGUCCCCUCAAGCGCUGAAGUGGCGGGAAUACAGGCGGAGGAACCCCCUGGGCCUGGACCGUGUCUCGGAGCCUCGCCUGCCCCGGCGCAUCCCCGGCUUGGAGUUCCCUGGCACCCUCAACCCCGGCCACGGGCACUGCCGGCUCAACGGGCAGUCCAUGAAGCAGCUGCAGCUGAACUACACCGACUUCUUCCCUGACUACUUCUCGCUGGCGGAGAAGCCCCCGGCUGAGUUCUGCCUGUCCCCCGAUGGCAACACUGAGUCCAUCUCCAUCGAUCUGCUGCAGAAGAAAGGUCUGGUGAAGGCCAUCAACACAGCCGUUGACCUGAUCGUGGCCCAUUUCGGAACCAGCAGGGACCCGGGGGUCAAGGCCAAGUUGGGGAACAGCUCGGUGAGCCCCAAUGUGGGGCACCUGAUCCUGAAGUACCUGUGCCCGGCCAUCCGGGACGUGCUGAGCGACGGGCUCAAGGCCUACGUCCUGGACAUGAUCGUGGGUCAGCGGAGGAACAUCCCUUGGAGUGUGGUGGAGGCCUCUACCCAGCUAGGCCCCUCCACCAAGCUCCUGCAUAGCCUGUGCAGCAAGGUCAGCCAGCACACCGAGCUCACCAGCCACUCCAUGCGCUUCAACGCCUUCAUCUUCGGACUCCUCAACAUCCGGUCCCUGGAGUUCUGGUUCAACCACCUGUAUAACCACGAGGACAUCAUCCUGGCGCACUACCAGCCGACUGGCUUCCUGUGCCUUUCGCAUGGCGUGUGCCAGCCGCUGUUUGAGGAGCUGCUGCUGCUGCUGCAGCCGCUGUCCCUGCUGCCCUUCAGCCUGGAUCUGCUCUUCGAGCACCGCCUGCUGCAGAUGGGCAAGGAGCAGCAGCAGCAGAAGGAGCUGCUGCGGGUCAAGCAGGACCUGGUACUGUCAGCCCACUCCACGCUGCAGCUCAUGCGCUCCCGGGCUGGCGACGAACCUGACAGCUGGAGGGCUGCCCCUGCCCGGCUGCCCCUGGAGCCGGCAGGGGGCAGGCAACGGGCCACGGGCGUGGGGGCCCCUUGUGAGGAGCGGGAACCGGAGGAAGAGAGGAGGAAGACGGUGGAGAAUGCGGGCGAGGGAAGGAAGGACAAGCAAGCUGGCUGGUGGUACCAGCUCAUGCAGAGCUCCCAGGUCUACAUUGAGGGCUCGGCCGAAGGCUCCAAGUUCCUCCGCUAUGAGAGAAGGAGGAAGGGGCCGGGGUCCGCACCCCGCCGGGCCCCGCCACCCCGCGAGGGCGUAGUGGAGGGCGCGGAGGCCUGUCCCCUGGCUGAGGCCCCCCCGGAGGGGCGUCCAAAUGCCACCCCACAGCUCCCGGAGGAGGCUCGGGAGCGGAGCCGCCCCUUCUGGAUGGGCAGCCCCCCGGACUCGGUGCUUUCGGAGCUGAAGCGCAGUAAGGAGAAGGAGAAGGAGAAGAAGGAGAAGGAAGUCACGGCAGCCCCGGGGCCGGGGGCAGCCUCCUCCGAGGGGCCCGGCACUCCCGACAGCAGCCUGCCUGUGAAGUGGGGGCACCUUUUCGGGGCCAGGAAGGCGCAGAAGGAGUCCAAGCAGCCCAACAGGCUGCCCUCCGGCUGGCUGAGCCUGGACCGGUCCGUGCUGCAGCGGGUGGUGCAGACGGUGGGGGCCAGCGUGUGGAGAGAUGCAGCCCCCGACCCCGGGCAGGUCCCAACGCCCGACGUGGAGCCCAAGCAGCUUCCAGCCCGCGGCCUGUCUCCGGACCUCUCCUGUGAGGUGAAAGCCCUGUGCCACCACAUCGCCACCGAGGCUGGGCAGCUGAGCUUCAACAAGGGUGACCUGCUGCGGGUCCUUGCCAAGGUGGAUGGGGACUGGCUGCGCUGCGGCUUGGGCACUGACACUGGCCUGGUGCCCAUUAUGUAUGUCACCCACCCAGAAGACGAGGACUAUUGAUGCUGCGGGGGCACUGGGCACCACACCCCCGGCUCCUGCGGGGCUGGCGCAGGCCAUGCUGCUGCUAGCCCCGUAUGCCCCGCCCCAUCCCUGCCUCCAAGGGUUCCUUCCCCUCCUGCCCCAUGGGGCUUGGUGCCAGCCGGGCACGUGGCUGGGCCCCACCGUGCAUGCAGCCCUCGGGACGGCCCGUGCCCCUCCACCCCAUGCUGUCUCCAGCACCCCUGGACUGUGGACUCGGAUGUAGCAGGAACCCCGGCAGCUUCAUAGCGGGGUCCUGGCUGCCUUCAGUGGGGCUUUGCCCAUCUCAGCCCCAUGCCAUGGUGUGGCAUGGCCCUGCCCGGCACAGUUUGGGGCAUUCUGCACCAAGGGUCUCCACGGACAGCCCCACGGCCUCCCCAGCUGCACAGCAUCCGUGUGCUGCCACGUGAACGCAGCACCACGUGUGGGACCACACCAGUUGUCCACGCCACAUGGCUGGGCACCAUCGGGGGCAGGAGGGGAGGUUACAAUGGGUGAAGGCAGGUGGGGACCAGUAUCAGGGGAUGUGGGGGAUCUUGGUGGGGCCGUGACCAGCCCUGCAUGGCUGUGGGGGUGGUUUUUGGUGCCGCAAGGAGGCAGGGGAUG